AUCUUUUAUUUUAAGAUUGAAGUUUUCCUCCAAUUCAAGCAAAAAGGAACGACUAAAAGCCAUUCCUAAAUUUCAUUGUUAUUGUUUAAGUGAAAAUGCAGAAAAGUUUAAUUCCUGGUCAUAACAACAGCCGCCACCUGUCAUCAGAAGAGCUCGAAAACAACAUUGGUGGACUUCCAGUAACUGAAAAUCGAAUUCAGGAAAUCUUUGAUGCUUUGGAUGUGGAACACAGCGGGACUGUGUCGAUUGAUGUAGUAAAGGAUUUCUACACUAGUCUGGAGCAUUAUGGUUUGGAGUUGACUGAAAAGGAAGUUGAUGCACUUGUGCGCAAAUAUGCAAAUACUAAAGAUGACUCUCUUACAUAUGAUGAAUUUGCAUGCUUUAUUCUUAAUCUAACUCAAUGGUAAUUUUUAUGUAAAGAAAAUAAUAAUAUGUAAAUUUUUAUUAUGUUAACUCUUUCAAAUGGAAAAAAAAAGUAUCAAAAACCAAGGAGAUGGUUAAAAUUGAAAAA